AUGCCCUCAUUUAGCGCAUCUUUAUCAAAAGAUAAGUUAUGUGAGGCUUCUUCCGAACAUAGAUUUAUUCAAUUGACAUCUACUGGUGAAAUUACACAGGAACAAUUUAAUAAAUGGCUGACUCAAGAUUAUCUUUUCGUUAAUUCUUAUAUUCGUUUCGGUGCACAUGUACUUAUAAAUGCUCCUCGACAAGAUUAUAAAGUCUUAAUUAAAGGACUUUCAGCAUUAGAAGAAGAAUUAACUUGGUUUGAAAAUAAAUUAAAAGAGAAAAAUAUAUCUAUCAAGAAUAUUAAACCAUUAUCUGCUAAUCUUAAUUAUCAACAUUGGUUGGAUGAUUUAAUGCUUACUAAAAAAUCAUAUUUAAGUUUAAUUACAGCACUUUAUGCUAUAGAACUUUGUUAUUAUGAAGCAUGGAAAUCGGUAAAAAAUCAUGAUUAUCAAGAAUAUAUCAAUCGAUGGGGAUCAGAAGGAUUUGAACAAUUUAUUGAACGACUUCGAGUAACUGUUGAUGUUGCAUCAAUAACUGCUGCCAAUAAUGAUAAACAAGAUGCAUGUCAGCUUUGGAAUGAUGUUAUGCAAUUGGAAAUCGAUUUUUGGAAUAUGACAAUAGAUGAGAAAUCAGAAUAA